GAUGGAUUCCAAUGAAGAAAAUAAAAGCAGUGAUGAUAUAAUUCAGGAAUUGUUGUCAUCUUUCACAGUUAAAGAGCAUACAGCAACACCUUGCCUUGAUGAUGGUGAGAACAACAAAGGAAAAGCUCCACUUCAUUCCAAAGACGAGCCUCAAACAUCUGGCAAACCCCCUCGACGGUCUGGGGGGAUCACCAUUGCUUGUUUGAAGGACAGCGUUGUGCUGCAGGAAGUUCAGCGCUCCGCUCAGUGCUCCCAACAACAGCUUCCAGCAGCAGCCUGCAGCAGCACAGAUGUGCAGGACUCGGCGUUGGCUAGCAAAGCUGCAGCUGAGCCGCUUGUCUCUCAGAGCAAUAAAUCAGUUGAAAAUGAUAAGAAUCACAAGAAGCACCAUCACAAGAAGAGCAAGGAGAGCAAGUGUGAGGAUAACUCGCUUGCACGUCCUAAUGAUGAGGCUGAUGAUGAUGUGGUGAUAACUUCAGUGCAGCCAAGCAGGAAGAGAUCUGCAUCGCCUUCAUCAUCCUCACAUCGCCACAAGAAAUCUCGGCGUUCUGCUUCUCAUAGCAAGAACCAGACAUUGCAGUCUUCUAAGUCUAUUGAUGAAUGUAAAUCUUCAUCUCCUAAAUCGCUUGACCAGCGCAAAUCUCGUUCUAGCAAGUCACCCAGCGUCCAUAAAUCCCGCUCAAGUAGAUCGCCCACUAGUCAAAAGUCUGGUUCCCGCAAGUCACGAUCCCGCCGAUCUACAAGUCGGCAUAAAAAAUCGAGAUCCAGUCGAUCUUCGAGUCGGCAUAAGAAAUCAAGAUCUAGCCGAUCGAGGAGUCGCCACAAAAAAUCGAGAUCCAGCCGAUCUUCGAGUCGGCAUAAAAAAUCAAGAUCAAGCCGAUCAAGGAGUCGCCAUAAAAAAUCAAGAUCCAGCAGAUCUUCCAGUAGACACAAAAAAUCAAGAUCCAGUCGAUCUACCAGUAGACACAAAAAAUCAAGAUCCAGUCGAUCUACCAGUCGGCAUAAAAAAUCACGAUCCAGUCGAUCUUCCAGCAGACACAAAAAAUCGCGGUCCAAUCGAUCUCCCAGCCGGCGGAAAAGAUCGCGAUCUAGGAAGCCUGGAGAUCAUCACAAAUCUUCAAUAAAAAAGGAGAAGUGCGAUGACGAAGACUGCGUCAAGAUCCUCAAGGAUAAGGUGACGCGGAAGCGGCUGUUGGAGAUCGCGCGGCGUAACGCCCUACAGUUGGUGUCCAGCGGGGUCAUCCCGAGCUCCCUAGGGCCCGUACCCCCCGUGGGGCCUGGGUCUGCCCCCGCCUCCCAGCCCCGCAGCAUUCACGACCUCACCGCGUUCUGCAAGCAGCUGGCUGAGUCUGGAAACUACAGUGACGAUGGUGACAACGGGCUCGUCGGGUCCGACGAUGACGAAAGUGAAGAGGAGGAUAAAUCUGAGGCACCGUUUACCUACAGUGGCAGACAUCCUUUUGCUCUCAAGGACAAGCCUAUCACGAUGAACAUCAGGAACGCCCCAAUGCUGCCUGUGAAAAGCAACGCCGAGCGUCUCCAGGAGAGCUCGAAGCUACGGGAACAGUUCCCCGUCUCGAGUGGCACGCAUCACAAGCAGAAAGAUGAUGGCGGUUGGACGCCCGUGGAAGCGGCCUCGUCGUCCAGCCAAGCCACCCCAUCUGACAACACCGAGUCUGCUAAGGAUCCUAAGGAUCAAGUAUUUCCUACAGUGGACGAGGAUAUAGCGAAUCUGAAUCUUUCCGAGAUGGUAUCAGAGCGACUGCGUGCAAUGCGGAACUUGCAGGAAAACCCAAAUGACGCGAAUGCCAAAAAGAAGCUGGAUGCUCUUCAGGAAACAAUGUCGAAAUGGGCGUUGAGUAAACAGGAGCCCGGCAAGUUCACUGGCACAACAGGAGUGAAGGUCUUGAGUCAACAGGAGCUGUCGUCUGGUCAACAGGCGUGGGCUAAAAAGGAGCAACUAAUAACGGCGAAGCCGGUGUCGUCGGCGUUUGGUAUGCGCAUGCUGCAGAAGAUGGGCUGGAACCCCGGGGAGGGCUUGGGCAAGAACAAGGAGGGCUCGACCACUCCACUACUGCUGGAGGUCAAGACUGACAAGAAGGGCUUCCACGCCCAGGAGGAGCUGACGCCUGUGAAGCCCUCCAUUCCCAUGACCAAAACCGUCGCAGGCAAGCACCCCGUCUCAGUCCUUUCCGAAUUCUGCAUCAAAUCCAAAUGGCAACCUCCACAAUUUCAAGUGGUGCAUGAUUCUGGACCAGAUCAUAAGAAGAGCUACCUCAUGAAAGUCAUAGUGAACAAGCUGGAGUACCGCGCCUCGCAGAUGGCACCCACCAAAAAGCUGGCUAAGGCGACGGCGGCAGCGACAUGCCUCAUGGCUCUGGGCAUCACGCUUGAUGAUCCUCAACCAACACACAUGGGCAUUGGUGGCUGCCAAUCCUCUUUAUCUUCUUUUGGAAACUCACCUGUGGUGCAGGGAGCCUUUCCUCCCCCAGGCCCCGUGUCGAACUUUACCCUCCGUAACAUGAACGUCCAACAGCACCUCCCCCAGCAACACACCCGGCAUAGCGGCGCCUACAGCUGCGGCGUUACCGGCCUGCAGCCUCUCAUGUCUAUUAACACCUGCGAUUUUGCUGGCCGCAGUGGCAACGUCAAUAUAAUUAUUGGACCUCAAUUACCGCAAUCAGCCUCGUCAUUUAGCCUCACCAUGCACGAAAACAAACCCCAGCCAGUCCCCUUGUCAUCUGUUAAGGCGUUUCCCCCGCCGGGAGUCAAACUGAACUCCUUCCCUCCACCAGGACGUUCUGGCCGACCUUCCCAUCCUGUAGCUGAGCGCGGCUCGCAAACAUCUUCAAUUGAAAUGCUUUGAUAAGCCAUACUUACCAGGCAUUUCAUGAUAAAUUGAGUGCUUGAAUUAUUUCAAUUAGCCGUGACUGGGCAGUUUUUGACGGCUGUAGCUGCGUACCCUGCAAUACCUCUAAGUCAGCGCUCAAUUCUAAGUAGCGCGGACAUUUAGUUGCGCCUGAAAAUAUCAUUUUGGGUUAUUUUGUUUGUCUCCAUAACGCCAAUUAUUAUUAGAACUUUUAAAUAAUCGCGACAGUAUGCAGAGACAUCAUUUCAUUGUGACCCGCAAUGUGGAUGAUAAAGAGUUAAGCCCUA